AUGAAGAGGUCAUCCGGCGGCUAUCGCUCCUCCCCCUAUGUCAAACCACCUGAGAAACUCCAGGAUCUUCCCCGCGAAACACUUCGCUCCCUUCACAAAUGGAUCGGACUGUCGGCGUCGGCGGAUGUCGGGGUGCUGGCAGCACUGGUUCGUGAGCUCCAAGCCCAAGCAGAAGGGGUGGUCUCAGUGCCCCUCGCAACACUCCCUAUCGUCAAAUCUACUCCGUACCUGAUCGCUCUGUACGAGGAGGACAUCCGCGAUGCAUUUGAGUACCUCGGUCUCCCAAUCCCCGAAGGCCAAGUUGCCAAUCUAUACUCGAUAGAUGAUCCGAAUGUCUAG